UUCCGUCAAGUGCACACCGGCGUCAUGGGCUCGCGUGGUUUAUGAAGAAAAUAAAGUUUAUUUUUGUGUAUAGAUAGUUAAAAAUAUAUUAAAACAUUGGAUUUUUAACAAUAAGUUACUGAGGUUAAAAUGGGCAAACCAGAGUUCAACGGAGGUCGUGGCGGCGGGCGCGGCGGCUUCGGCGGCGGGCGGGGCGGGGGCCGCGGCGGGGGCGGUAGGGGCGGGUUCGGGGGCCGCGGGGGCGGGGGGGGAGGCCGCGGCGGGUUCGAGAAGAGAGGCGGCGGGGGCCGUGGGUUCGGAGGUAGAGGAGGAGGCCGUGGCCGCGGCGGCGGCGGCAGAGGAGGCGGUGGCGGCGGCUUCAAGGGAGGCAAGCAGGUUAUCAUCGAGCCACACAGACACGCUGGAGUAUUCAUCGCCAGAGGCAAAGAGGAUGCGCUAGUCACCAGAAAUUUUGUGCCCGGUUCUGAAGUUUAUGGAGAAAAGAGGAUAUCUGUUGAGACCGAUGGGGAGAAGGUUGAAUACAGAGUAUGGAACCCGUUCAGAUCAAAGUUGGCAGCGGCUAUCAUGGGUGGUGUGGAUGCUAUACACAUGCCUCCGGGCUCCAGGGUGCUGUACCUUGGAGCUGCCAGUGGAACUACAGUCAGUCAUGUCUCUGAUGUUGUUGGACCUGAAGGUCUAGUGUACGCCGUCGAGUUCUCCCACCGAUCCGGACGUGAUCUAAUAAAUGUGGCCAAGAAGAGGACCAAUAUUAUACCUAUUAUUGAAGAUGCCAGACACCCGCUCAAAUAUAGAAUGUUGGUCGGCAUGGUGGACACGAUAUUCGCUGACGUCGCGCAACCCGACCAGGCUAGGAUCGUCAGUCUCAACGCACAGCACUUCUUGAAGAAUGGAGGACAUUUUGUUAUUUCUAUCAAGGCCUCCUGUAUCGACUCAACAGCCCAACCCGAGGCAGUCUUCUCAGCCGAGGUGAAGAAGCUCCAAGCCGACAAGCUGAAGCCACAGGAACAGCUGACGCUAGAACCCUACGAGAGAGACCACGCAGUAGUCGUCGGUGUCUUUAGACCACCACCCAAGAAAGACAAAUAGAUUGACUAUCAAGAUUUUUGACUAAGUUUAAGAAAUUAAGUAAACCUGAUUUUUUUUUGUUAUUAAAUUCCAUUACUUAAAUAGUAAGGUAGAAACUUUAUUUUUGGGAAUUUUACAAAAUCUGUCAACAUUUACAAUGAUGCCAUUCUUCACUACUUUGAAAAAAACUUGUAUCUUCUCCUGUCAAUGAAAAGAAAAAUAUAAUAAGUAUGUAUGCAAUGCAUAUAGACUUACUGACGUUUUAACUUUGAGGAGCAGUGGAAGAUACGAGAUUUUUUCAAAGUAGUGACGAAUUGCUAACCAAGAUACCAAUUGUUUGUCCUGUACCAACCGAAAUGCUGUCUCUUUGCCAUAUUAAUGGAGAGGUUGCCGUUUCGUUCGCUACGGUAUAAACUAUUGGCAACUCGGUUAGGCCCUUUGGAAAGCUAGAUUAAAAUCUUUAUAAACAUAAAUUAAUAUUAAUGUAGCAUUUUAGCGACACAAAAAAAAUAUACCAUCGCCUUAAUAGUAUGCAUCUAGUUUUCAUAUACAAUUUUGUUUCAUUGAGUUGCUGUUAAAAAGAUAUAUGAAGUUGAAAUGUAUUUGAUAUACUGCCGAUAUGUCGUGUUUUAGUUUAAGUGUAAUGUUAAGUUUUAUGGACAUACGCGAGUGUAUGUGUAAGUUUUAAGAGAAUGAUAAAUAUAAACGAUGGUGCGAAUGACAAA